GCCGACAGAGAGUUGCGCUACUGUAUAUACUGUGACAACGUUGUAACGUAUUGCGUUCUUCGUAAUUCCAUAUCCGGUUUUGAAUGCGAUUACGGGACGUUGCGUUGUGCAUGCAGUAUUUGUUGUGCACUUGAACAAACUGAUCCGGAGGUAAAACAUAAAUAAUAUAAUAUACACAAUAGUUCACGAAUUACUUCGGAAAGAUUAUUUCGGAAGAUCAUUCGUUCAUAAUCAGUGAUAACAUGGAGGUGCCUGUGUUUAGUGAUAAGGUCACACAACAGCUAAAAUUGUUUACUCAGCAAUGCAUGAGUGAUGCAUCUCUUCUUCAUGAUCCAAAACUGUCCUGUAUUAAGGAUUUAAUAGAACAUUAUGGUGGUAAGGUACCAGAAGCUAAAGCAAAUGAUUCCUCAGAUACCAAAACAGAAUUUGAGAACAAACCUGAACAACCACAAUUUGAAUCGACAUCUGAGAGUGAAGAGAGUAAAGAGAGUGAAAAGAGUGAAGAGAGCGACUUAGAAUUGGAUAUGACUGGCGUAAUCGAACCUGAUGAAGAUGCUCCUCAAAAAAUGGGAAAUUUGACUUUACAGCCCAAUGAGGAGGAAAUCGCAGAGUCACAAGCAAAAAGAUCUGAAGCAGUCUCUGCAUUCGUGGAGAAAGAUUAUGAAACAGCUAUACAAUUUUAUACAGAGGCUAUUGUACUGAAUCCUCAAGCAGCCUUAUUAUAUGCUAAACGCGGUCAAGUUUUCCUAAUAUUAGACAAGCCGAAUGCUUGUAUUCGUGAUUGCAACCGUGCUAUAGAAUUAAAUCCAGAUAGCGCAGCGGCUUACAAAUUUAGAGGAAGAGCUUAUCAUUUGCUUGGAAUGUUCGAGGAAGCGGCAAACGAUCUGAGACUAGCCUGUAAGCUGGAUUUCGAUGAACAAGCAGACGAAUGGCUACGUGAGACUACACCGAAUGCGCGAAAAAUAGAAGAACAUAAAAGAAAAAAGGAACGGAAGGCGCAAGAAAAAUUGGAGCGCGAGAGACAAGAAAGAUUGCAGAAAGCGCGAGAGGCAGCCAAAGCACGUGAGGAAAAUACGCGAACUUCUCAAACGGAUGCGGGAAAUACAUCCCCUGGCGCAGGAGAUUUCUUUAAGUUUCUUAAAGAUCCUGAACUAAUUCAAGCUUUUGAGGAUCCAGAAAUGGCCGAAGCCUUCAGGGAGAUCUCUACGAAUCCGACGAGUAUCCUCAAAUAUCAGAACAAUCCCAAGAUAAUGGCCCUUAUCAAUAAAAUGGCUUCGAAAUACGGCAGUGGUUGCUGUAAUCCUGGCGCUGCCGGGAUGAAUUUCCCGGGCGGUAUGCCUGGUGCUGAGGCUGGUCGUUCUGAUCCCUCGAAAUCGUCUCCUCAUGAUGACGUUGGUCUCGACUAAUCGUGAUUUAAUUACUGUACAACGAAUACGGAGAGCGUAUCAUCUCGGUUAGUUGACUCAUUAAAGGCUGAUUUAUGUUAAUUUUCCUUUAACAUUGUGAUGAGUGUUAAGAAAGAACUUAUAUUGGAAAGAACUGAUAAUUUAUAAGGGAUCUUUUAAACAUAGAAUUAAUGUUAGCAUGCGUCAACAGGAUCCCGAAGAUGUCUGUAUUCUUGUUGUUUGUUGUUUCUUUUUUGAAUUAUCUCCAGUCUGAUUUUGGAUUACUUGUCUCACUUAGAUUUCUGGAAAUUAUUUCUGUUCUACUUUUAAAUUAAUAUAGAAUUUUUAUUAAAGAUGCAUUAUUUCAGAGAUAAAAUGGGCGCCUUUAAUGAGUUAAAAAAAUGCUAAUAUUUGUUUAUCACACGCGUGUGUGUGUGUGUGUGUGUGUAUACAUAUAAAACCACAUAGCAUAUACAGGGUGAGGAAAAAAUCCAGUAAAAUAUCUCGAAAAUAAAGCAUUUUUGAAAAAAGUAUUUCAUACAAAAAUUGUAGAUCAUUUUAAAACUCUACAACUUUUGCAUGAAAUAUUUUUCUUAAAAAUGUUUUAUUUUCAAGGUAUUUCACCGGUUCGACUUUUUCCUUACCUCGUAUACACACAAACAAUAUACAUCAGUGAUAUGUCUAUAUCUUCGAAAGAACUUUUACUGUGAAUCAAUAUAGUUUGUUAUAUAUUACAGAGCGCUCUUUGAUUUUUUAAAAAUGAAUUUAUUAUAUAUAUGUUGCAUUUCAUUACCUUUAAUGCCCCUGUAUCGUACUACGUUAGCCUGAUCAAACAGUUUCUCAGAUAGGUAUGUUUUCGUGUCAUAAACAAGUCAAAUAUAUUCGAUUCGCAAAAUCGAUAUAACACAUGUAAGUAUUCUUUUUUAUUCUAUUAUCUAUGUAUAAUUGUUGAAAUUUAAUUUUUAACAUUUAUCUUGCUUAAUAUUCCUAUAUCAGUGCCGUUAAUAAUAUUAUUUAUCGCCAUUGUUAAUAAUAUAAUUAAUCGCCAUCGAAUUUAUUAACCGCAAGAAAAAUAGAAAAUUUAGUAAAUUACACAUUAAAUUAUUUAACACUAAAAUGACACGCUGAGUAUGAUA